CUCCAGCUCCAUUCCUCAGAUGUUAUACCCUGCUUUUUGGAGAACCGUAACAUCAUUGUAAUGAGGAGAGUUUUCUGCAUCUUGUGAUGUGCGCAAUCGUUCGAAAGACUGGACCAACACUAUCCGCGUUACGCACGAGUUGAUUCCAUCACCGUUACGCGUGGAAUAAUAUCUCACCUAUGCAGGAUGAAGGUUACCUUUGGGUGUCUAGUGGUCGCAGCCGGAGUCUGCGGUUUGCUCAGCUUCGCCCUUUUGUCUGCUUCCCUCGGAACAGAGUACUGGUACAUCAUACAGAUGAAUCCUAUGAACGCGAGCGACUUUGAAGACAUGAGCUCACAUUCCGGUCUGUGGACCAUCAAUGAAGGUGGGAAGAUACAGACGGACUCAAUCGACUCCUUCGCAGCAGAUUACUCCAGGUACUCUGAGACUGAGCUGCAUAUGCUGACCAUGCACAGCGCCAUAGUGGUGGUUCUCCCCCUCAGUCUGGUCCUGCUGCUGUUUGGAGGCAUCUGUGGCCUGGUCAGCUCUCUGGCCCGGAGCUCUGCUCUCCUGACCGGCACAGCCUCCUACUUCUUCAUCAGCAGUCUGCUAACGCUGUGUGGAGUGAGUCUCUACAUCAUCUACUCACAGCAGGCCCUUGCAGAGACAGAGAGGCUGGUGGGGCCAGAAGCUUUGGCGUACAUUCACACUUCAUUCGGCUGGUCUUUGGGUCUGGCCUGGCUGUCUUACGGCCUGGAGGUCGUCGCUGGUGUUCUGCUGCUCAUAGCCGCUCGGAUGGCCAGGCUGCAGCACAGCAGCCCAAGUAUGGCCUAGCUAGCAUAAGCCUGUAGCACAACCUGGAGUGGGGCUGAAUUACAGUGUUUGUUUUUGACUUACAGCAAGGUAAACACACAACAGGAGAUUUUGAAGUUCAAAGGUUUGAUGGACUUUUGGACAAUAUCAAGUGUUUUAUGAUUAAGAGGUAAGUACAGAUUGGUGGGAUUCUCUGUAAAUGAAGCAGUGCACUACACCAAGUAAAAUUUAGCCAAGUACUCCCUCUUGUGGUGAAAAAUUGAGCUGCUUCUUAAUUCGACUCGGUGCAUCUAACCGUAAGAUUGUCAUACUGUAUCAUUGAAACUGUGCCAAACUCACAGACAAGCUUACAUUUGAAGAUUAAGCCAUGCUUAAUGACAUGUAGAUACAUUUUCAUUCAAACACAACUUUACACAAACUGUGUUUAUUUACAGUAAGCUGAUUCUUCUAUAUAUUUUAGACAUGUUCAGUUUAAUAUCAUGAGCUAAACUUCUGUUCAUUGUGCCAUCAUGGUACCUGGAUGAUCUCAUCAAACUGUGUCAUAAUUGUUAUUCAUAAAAAUUACAUGACUCCAAUGCAAAAAAUUA